AUGUCUCAAGAUUUUUCGCCUUAUCGAUCGGCACCGGCGCCUUUUGCGUCUCCUCUGAUGGGCCGCAGAGAAUGGCAAAGCGGUCCUGCACCGUUCGAGAGCCAACGCUACCAGCAAGGCAACAUGUAUGGAGGGCAGAUGCGUUACGGUGAACAGUAUCCUUUCAAUGAUGGCAGAGGUGGUGCUGACAUAUCGCCAUGGGCAAGGCCUCCAGCAAACCAACCAGAUGAAUUUUACAAGUUGGAAUCGGUGAUGCGCAGAGCGGCUGAGGAGAAUUCGUCGUCACUAGAUGCAGUCAGACAAGUGGAGAAAAUGGGUCUGGGUCCAGUUAUGGGAGCAAUAUUGAAAGCUGUGGAUCGCGGGAAUUCCGGCUAUCCGUCAUAUGACACCCCAUCGCGCAAAAUCCCAUCGCUGAUUGAUGAACCAUUCGAAAGGGAUCCUCGUUUGCCUGGCGGUCUUGAUUACAAUCCUUCCCCAGUGCGGGACAUAAAUCGUUAUGUCGAGCCCCUUGGCGGCAGCAUGGACAGCUCCCGCAUGCGCUCUUCACAACCUGUUGAUCGUAUUACUUACCCAUCAUUGGGUGGUGGUGGGUGGUGGAAGUGGACCCACCCCUCUGGUUAG